UCUCCGAUGUCGUCCCGCAUAUCAUUUUGUACUCUCCACCAUUACCGUUCUAAUUCUUCUUUUGCGUUUCUCUAUAUCUCAUAAUAAGUUUGAAUAUUGAACUGGAAAGGCGCACGGGCUCGCUACCCUAAAUCACUCGUUUAUCAGCAAUUUACAUGAUUUGCGCGACAUUCUAACGCCAUCGCUACUUCGGAGUCGCGACUUUUGCGAUGCGAUGAUUCCUCUGGCUGCUCCAGUCGGUCUUUAAACAGUUUGAAGGGCAGGACAAGGAUUGUUGCUCCUCUGCUAUAUAUUUUGAAUUUCUGUCAGGGUCCUUAACUUUGCCAUCCAUUCUGGCCCGGUCUACCUUGUUCUGAUACCCCGCAACCCUUGGGGUAAGCACUAUGGCACCAUUGCUAGGAAGCUGGACACCACCGGAGACCAGUGAGUCUCUAUGCCCAAGAAUCGAGAAAAAUGCUGGUAGAAAGAGCAUCCUCUACAUCGACGCCUACGACUCAUUCUCGUACAAUGUUGUCGCCAUGCUCGAAGAAGUCCUCAACGUCAAGGUCACUGUGAUGACAAUCGACUUGGAAUGGCCAGACGGUAACAUCACAGAAUUCCUGCAGCAUUAUGAGGCUGUGGUUCUCGGGCCUGGGCCCGGAGACCCCAAGGUUCCGAAAGACGUCGGUAUUAUGAAAGAUAUCUGGAACCUUGGCGAGGCAGAUAUGUUACCUGUGUUUGGGAUCUGCCUAGGGUUCCAGAGUUUGUGUCUUCAUCAUGGAAUUCCUAUUGGGAGGUUGCCGUAUCCGUUGCAUGGUCAAGUUCAUCGGAUUUCUACGGCGGGGGAGGAUGUUUUUGAUGGGAUGCGCGAUCUCAGGGUUACGCUUUACCAUUCAUUAUAUGCUAGAUUGGACAAUCACGAGGCUUCUAUUGAAGGGAAAACUGGUCCUACAAAACUUGACAACGAACUCGAUCUCCUCGCUUGGUUGUUCAUUGACAACACGGAGACUAAAGUGGGAACGCAGAUUCCCAUGGCUAUUCGCCACCGGAGCAAACCGUUCUGGGGUGUACAAUUCCACCCAGAAUCAUGCAAAUCCGAUAGAAAAGCUUGCGAUCAAUUACUCAGGAGAUGGUGGGAAAUGGUUCUGAACUUCAACAAAAGGACCGGGCGUGGGGGUUAUGGAACGCUCCCGGACACACUCGUUACCCGCUCGGAUGAUGUGGCUUCUCUUCCGGCUAUCGCGUUUACGAUGUUGAAAUGGAGUGCUUCAACUUCAAGAAAGUCUGCCUGUCGAUCAUUCUCACGAGCUGGUUUGACCGCGGAAACGAUAUGCGAGGCGCUCAACACCCCCGGCUCGCCAACCGUACUAUUCCAGUCAAACGGAAGAUAUAGUAUCAUAUCUGUUCCGAGUCCAGGUUCGUGGAGAUUGGAAUACUACAGUGCUUCUGGGAAGUUAUUACUGGAAGAUUUGAGCAAUCGGGGCGCAACGAAAUCGCGUGAAGACACGACGUUCGUUGAGAAGUCACUUUCGGCAUUUCAGUUCUGGGAUGCGUUGAGAUAUCUGAUGGAGAUGAAAAAGGUCGACAAUGGUGACCAUACUGUUCCCUUCUGGGGAGGGUUCUUAGGAUACUUUUCCUACGAAAUGGGCCUUGCUUGCCUUGCACGCCCGAAGGAUGCAGAAGGCAUGCAUAAUGGCUUUGAGGGUCAUUCUUCGCGCAAUGGUGCCACCGUUGAGGACCCUGCGGAUGCCAGUCUUUUGUGGACUGAUCGGAGUAUUGUCGUUGACAACCAGAUGGGUCGAUUCAUUGUUCAGUCAACUCGAGAAUCUGACAACGUGCCAGCUGGCUGGCUUGAUCAGACAGUUCAGUUGCUCAAUGAGCUUCUAACUGCUAAUACCCUAAAUGGUGACGAUAAUAUCAUCGCGGAUGAUAUGCAAACCUUAGACUCCAUCCUCGAUCAGGGCGAGAUUACUUUUCCCAGUUCACAGUCUUAUCUCAAGCAAGUGGGAGAUUGCAAGGCUGAGCUGGAAGCCGGCGAAUCGUACGAGUUAUGCCUAACCUGCGAAACGUCAAUCGCAUUACCAUCUCCGAACACUGACAGCGGCCGCGCAAAUUUUCCCUGGAAGCUGUAUAAGCGCCUGAGGAAGUACAAUCCCGCAGCAUUCAGCGCUUAUGCAAAACUCGGAAACGUCAAGAUCGUGAGCAGCAGCCCUGAAUGUUUCCUCAACUGGGACCGAGAAUCGACCCUUGAGAUGAAACCGAUGAAGGGCACGGUACGCAAGACCGGCAACAUGACCAUGGAAAAGGCUAAGGAAAUUCUGGGUUCAACAAAAGAAGUGGCAGAGAAUCUCAUGAUUGCGGAUCUAAUCCGUCACGACCUUUACGGCAUAUGUGGCUCCGGUAACGUCUACGUCGAGAAACUCCUCGAAGUUGAAGACCACGGACGAGUUUUCCAAAUGAUCACCCACGUCAAGGGUGAUGUCAACCCAUGCCGGCUGGGUCCUGCAGUACGGGACAUGCCACAACUUCAGACAUCGAAUAUGGCCGUUCACGGACUCACAGCUCUACAACGAUGCCUCCCUCCCGGUUCAAUGACCGGCGCACCCAAGGAACGCUCAUGCAUGCACCUAAGCUCGAUAGAGAAUCGGACGCGUGGGAUCUACUCCGGUACCAUGGGAUACCUUGACCUAGGAGGUGGAGGAAGCUUUUCCGUCCUCAUCCGCACUGCCUUCUCGUCCUCUGAUGAUAGGGACGAGGAGCAGUUAUGGCGGAUUGGUGCUGGUGGAGCAGUAACCACUCUUAGCACUGCUGAGGGCGAGUGGGAUGAGAUGCUGACUAAGUUAAGGACUGUUUGCAACAUCUUUACGCCUUUGGACUCGAACGGCCGAGGGAGGUUGUGAAGGUUUUUACACUUCUAUGUCUAUGUUUCAUCAUGCCUCCUUUUUUCUAAUUUGUUCACUUUGGGUCGGCUUCAACAUUUGAAUAUAUUUGCAUUGGGAUAGAUGGUAGAGAUUCGAUUCAACAUUUAGCGUUAGGGUUAUAGGAUUGGUUUCUCGUUCCUUUCAUGACAUUGUAUAGUUCGCAUUCUGGUAUGUAUUUUCUGCUAUUUCCCUGUAAAUAUCAAACUGUCAAGCUAAAUUAAUAUAGAGGGCUUUAGCUUU